AUGGAGGCCCUAUUCUCAAUACCAGUUUUGUCUGUUUUCCUCAUUCCAGUCCUGUCAUCCUACAGCACCAGCCUGAACCUCCUUUUCUUCUACAUGACUUGGUCAACGCUGGUACUGUCGCACUCCCGACUCCGCGUGGAACUGUGGGGAACAAUCGCCGUGCGCGUAAUCUUCUACGCACUGCCGUCCAUUGUCUUCUUCCUCUUCGACAUCCUGACCCCGUCGGCGGCAGUUCUCAUCAAGGCGCAUGGCGCGACCGGCUUGCCAGGUGGGAAGAGACGACGUUGGAUCCACGCAAAGGAACUCAAGAUCGCCGGGUGGGGGCUGUUCAAUUUGUUCUUGGGUAUCGCUGUGCAGGGCAUACUUGAGAUGUUACUUGUUAAGACGCUUGGCAAGCGCAGUGCGCUAAAGGUAUCGCUGAAGCUUCCUAUGCCAUUUGAGAUAUGUAGGGAUUUGAGCCUAGCGAUGCUGGGGCGAGAAUUCCUCUCAUAUGUCCUUCACCGCUACGCUCUCCACUCUAAACUAUCUCCCACACUUGCCAAGUGGCACCGGUCUUGGUAUCAUUCGUUGUCUGCUCCGUUCCCAUUGACCGCGCACUACGACCACCCGAUUUCUUACCUGGUCACCAAAUUCAUCCCUACCUAUGCGCCGGCCGUCGUCUUCCGUUUCCAUAUGCUUACCUAUCUUUUGUAUCUACUGAUUAUCUCUGUUGAGGAGACCUUCGCAUAUUCUGGAUAUACUGUCAUGCCGACAAACUUCUUUUUGGGUGGCAUUGCCCGUCGCACGGAUAUGCACCUGCUGAUGGGCGCAAGGGGGAACUUCGGCCCAUGGGGUGUUGUUGAUUGGAUUCUGGGAACUGUUGUUGGAGAUGAUUCCGACGAUGAUGUGAGUGCUGAGGCAGAUGAGCGGGAUUUGCGGAAAGCGUAUGAGGCGGCGAAGCGAAAGGCUGUUGGGUCUGGAAAGUCAAAGCGACGAUGA